GGCUGUUACCAAAUUGAACUUUUCCAUGGUAUGAAAAAGGGUUGGGUUGAGUUGGAGGGCGUGCAUGCAAAUUACAAAGAGGUGAAGCUACAUGGCGAAUCACGGUGGAAAGGGUAACGAGAAGCUUUUGUCAGUGCCAUUCAUGUUUUCGGGUCUGAACCGAGAGAGGGAGAUGUCAGCCAUGAUCUCUGCUUUGACCCAUGUCGUGUGUGGAGAGGAUCACAGUAUCAAUAAUAAUAAUAAUAAUAAUAACAACAAUAGUGAAGUUUUUGUGACAUCAAAUAUGGCUUGUGCUUCUGUGGCAGUGGCACCUUCUUCAUCUCAUGGUGGCAACUCUGUUCUGAAGAGAAGGAGGGAAGAGGAUAAUACAAAUACAAAUACAAAUACAUCAUUCGGUGAAUUCUCACGUGAAGCCUCGCAGCCUGCUAUUUCAACAAUUACAGAGAGUUCAAGUAGGAAUAGGGAAUACGAAUACGAAUACGAAUACGAAUACAAGUCAGAAGAGAAGGGUAGAAGAGAGGAGCAAGAGAGGAGGAAAUACAGAGGAGUGAGGCAGAGGCCGUGGGGGAAAUGGGCGGCAGAGAUAAGGGACCCGAUAAAGGCGAGCAGAGUGUGGUUAGGAACAUUCCAAACAGCAGAGGCUGCAGCCAGAGCUUAUGAUGAAGCCUCCUUGCGUUUCAGAGGCAACAAAGCCAAACUCAACUUUCCUGAAAAUGUUAGGCUCAGACAACCCAACCCACCAACCCUCUAUCAUCACAUUCCCAUGUCUUCUCAUAAUGUUCAAUCUUCACCAUUGCUUUCUUCUUCUUCAACUAUGACUUCUCCACAGCCACCACCUGUUCCUUCCAUUCAUUUACCCUCUCAUUCCAUGUGAUUUAUUUCACUUCUCUCUGUUUUUUGCACUUGCACGAUCUGCUUCUGGAAUUUUUUGUGCCAUGUUACUUCCAUAUAAAGAGAUAAUUUCGAUUCACUCUGCUUA